GGUGAACAUAAUUUGGCAACAUUGGCCACGUGCGCAUAACACUAUAUAUGCCUCAUUAUAGCUGACACCGACACAACUAGCGAGUUCCUUGUCGCGCACGGGUCAACAUCAUGAGUUCCUCCUUUUACAUCGAGUCGCUAAUCCAAAGCAGUAAACCGAAAAGUUCCAGCGCUUCUAUCUCAGAAGCAAGACACAGCUUCGAACCAACUGUUCCCUGUUCUUGCUGUUGGACUCCUUCGCAAUCGGAAGCCUCAGGAUUAUGUCAGCUCUGUAUUCCAACAAGUCCUGCGGUUCAUCCGUUUUUACACGUCCGCGGAGCAACCAUACCUGAUGCAGCGAGCCUGUACUCAAAAGCCGAGUUUCUGAAAGCGGAACAUGCUCAUUUACAGCCUCGCUAUGCAAGCAGCGAAGAAGAUCGCCUUCGCUUAGUGUCAUACGGUAAUUAUCUGUAAUUUUUUUUUAUCCUCAACUCGAUACCUUUUUUUACUCGGAGAAGCCACAUUAUCUAAUCUGGCGACAGGUGUUUUGGUUAAACCUUGGCACACUUCAAGCCUUUGAAUCUUGAAUUUUCACUUUUUUAUCAGUACACAUGCUCGAUUGUGCCUUGCGAUAAAGCUCGUUUGACUUAUUUUUUUAUUUUUCCUAUUUUGCUUGACAGUUUCCCGAGCCGCUGAGCCGAAUAAUGUGAACAGGGGAAAUUCAAGAUCAAAACGCAUUCGUACAGCAUACACAAGCAUGCAGUUACUGGAGCUCGAAAAAGAAUUCAGCCAGAACAGAUACCUCUCCCGCCUUCGCAGGAUUCAAAUCGCUGCACUUUUAGAUUUAUCCGAGAAACAAGUUAAGAUCUGGUUCCAGAAUCGCCGAGUCAAAUGGAAAAAGGACAAAAAAGCUGCCCAACACCAAGUGACAGAAAGCACUCAAAGCCCGCUUUCCCCUUCAAGUUAGAGUGGUCCCGUUGAUCAUUUCUGCGUCCGCUAAAAGACAGCAAAUUACGUACAUGUAAAUAUGUAGAGAAUUGUAGAAGGUAACAUCUUUUUUUGUACAAUAGUUUAACAGAACAAAAAGGUGUCUAAAAUGGCUGCGUUAAUCGGAUAAUUCAUUAUAAGGCUAAUUAAUUUCUUGGUGAAAUGCAUCGACUCUGUCACAUCCACGCGAUAAGACACGAUAAUCAUCACCUCGAACUGCAUUCGACAUCAGAAGGAUUUAUCAGAGUCGUAAAUAUAUGAAAGAACGAUCGAUCACGCAUGUCUUCUUUUGUAUCUGUAUUGCUAGUAUCAGGCAAGUACAGUUUGUAUUUCAGGAACCAAGGAUGUACAAAGUACUUCAAGAACAUAUGUUCAGUCUAAUUGUUGUAAAAAAAAUUAACGAGGGUCUUUAGUAAUGAAAGGCCAUUGGUUCUUCCAAAUAAAAAGAAAUCUGAAUUGAUG